UCGCAAAUAUGAGACGUGGAGCAUUAAUUAUGUUUGAAGGCUGUGACCGAACAGGAAAAUCCACGCAGAGCCGUUUACUGUACAACACGCUGUUGCAAGACAACCACCCAGUGAAACACAUGUCAUUUCCAGCACGUGAAUCUACCAUUGGGCAAGUGAUUAAUUCCUAUUUAACAAAUCAACAAGAACUAAGCGAUGAGACCAUUCAUUUACUGUUCUCGGCAAAUCGUUGGGAAUACAAAAAUGAAAUGAAAAAGUUAUUAGAAGCUGGUACAACAUUUAUUGUGGACAGGUAUUCAUACUCAGGUGUGGCGUACAGUGUAGCUAAAGGUUUGAAUUAUGAUUGGUGUAUCUCAAUGGAGAAGGGUCUUUUACGGCCUGAUGCUGUCUUUUAUUUGAAUGCUCCUAUUGAACAACUGCAAGAUCGUGGUAAUUUUGGAGACGAAAGGUACGAAAAACUUCAGUUUCAACGUAAAGUUUUAAGCGUAUAUGAAGAUAUGAUGGCAAAAGAAAACAUUAAUUGGAUUAAAAUAGAUGCUGUGGGUACAAAAGAAUCUAUUUUUGAAAACAUUUAUAAACAAGCAAAAACGAUUAUUAAAGAAUCAGUUGAAAAACCAAUUGACGUUUUAACAUAAAUUGAAUUGCAGUGAUGACAUGCCAUAGUUAAGCAAGUGUUAUUGAUAAGGUUGUGGUAAAUAACUUAUUGAUAAGUUAUUUACUUUUUUAAUUUUAUUAUAAAAU